AUGAAGGAUCUGGAAUCCGGCGAUAGAAGAAGCGAUAGGGCUGUCAACGAAACAACAGAUGAACUCGCCCGAUCUGACGACUCUCUUGAUUUGCCUGAUGACGAGGUAGAACACGGCCUGCUGGGCGGGCGAAGCAGUCGCCACGCAGACACAGGAGAACAUUCCUUUUCUAGUUCACGCCGAUUAGGGUGUUGUGCAUCGUUCCUCAGAGGCCCAGAGCCUCCGCGCAAACAUCGCAUCGAGCCGUUCUUUAAGAGCUUUCAGACAGCGCCCAUUCGGAUGGUAGACCGAUGGCUGCCUACCCAGAAAUCGAAGUUGAUAGCCCUGGCUGUGUUCCUUGCCUUAUGGGCGUCAAUAUUUUUAACAAUUCUGGAUUGGUCCAUUGUCCGCCCUGAAGUCCCGGGGUAUGGGGCUCCAAAUCGCCUAUCAUGUGGAUCAAGGCUAUGGCAUAAUGGCACACUAUGUGGAAUUAAUGGAGAUGCAUGUCGCCCUUUUGAUACCGACGGCUUCGCGUUCAGAUGCCCUGCCGGGUGUCUUGGCGAACUCAUUCUCGAGCCUUACACUGUGGGCGACCAGGAGGUCAAUUAUAAGAGUCUCGUCAUCGGAGGUGCCUCAGAGACCGAUCCCGAGUCUAGCUAUCGGGGUGAUUCAUUCAUCUGUGGCGCUGCGUUGCAUGCCGGCGUCAUCAGCAAUGCGGUCGGAGGCUGCAGUAUUCUCCGACGCACUGGAGAAAAGAAUUCUUUUGGUUCUGUGAAACAGAAUGGCAUUUCGAGUUUCUCGUUUGACUCCUAUUUUCCGUUGUCGUACACCUUUGAGAAAGGAACCGCGGUUUGUCGCGACCCACGGUGGCCGUUGUUUUCGCUAUCCGUGCUCUUCACGGCGGUAAUAUCGCUGUGCACUACUUCGCCGGCCGCUUUUUAUAUGUCCAUCUGGUUCAUAUCAUGGUUUCAAGUCGCAUUGGUCUCAGACCCUCCGUUCUCCUCCGACUAUCUCGAGGUUGUCUCCACCGCGAUGGGUCGUUUCCUGCCGGCUGCCUUUGUCGGCUGGGCCAUAUAUCGUUUUUCUGUUCGAGACACACUCACAGGCCUGACUGCACAAUGGGAGAAGACAAUCCUGUGGCUUGGACCAUUUUGGGUUGGGGCACUGAACACUGAUACCUUUGACAAAAUCCCCAUUUCGCGUCUGACUCCACACGACAUCAAACAACAACCCGGAGCUAUUCCAGCACUGAUCAUCAUAGUUGGUGUCAUUGUGACUACUGUGGUUACCCAGGCCUAUGUGAUCUGGACUGAAGGCAAAUUGCCCCAUUAUUUGGUGAUUUACGGCGUCAUGGCUGGCUCCUUGGUCGUGAUGAUUGUCAUACCGCAGCUCAACCUCCGUAUCCAUCAUUACAUCCUCUCUUUGCUAUUCCUCCCCGGGGUCGCAUUCCAAACUCGCCCAUGUCUUAUAUACCAGGGCCUUCUGGUAGGGUUCUUCGUCAACGGCAUCGCUCGCUGGGGUUUUGAUAGCAUUCUUCAAACACCCGCAGCCUUGCUCGGAGACGCUCAAAUCGGCAGUCUUCUCCCUACCAUCGCCGCCCCCAUUUUGCAACCGGACGGGAACGGCGUCUCAUUCUCCUUUACAAAUCUUCCUCAGGACAUUACCGGGAUCGCCGUGCUGGUAAACGACGUGUUGCGUUCCCACUUAUACCUUGACGCAUCUUCUUCUUCUGCCAAUGGUAGUAGCACUGAUGCUAUCGAAGAACGAGAUGGACGAGAUGCUACUACCCCGGAUACAUUGAAUGUUGACUGGGCCCGUCUUCAUCAAGGGCUACCCGAGUAUUUCCGAUUCUCAUACAUCAAGACAAGCUCACUAGGGGGACUCUGGUACGAAGAUUUUACAAAAGCUGGGGUAUUGAAAGCAGAUGGGGAAUGGGUUGACAUGCCCCCUGGGCCAAGUCGGUGA